AUGCUGCUCGUGCUUGGGCUCCUCUUUCUCCUCGUCACUCCAGUGCUGCCACUGAAGUGCUAUAUGUGCAGCUCAUCUGCCACCAAUGAUGAGUGCAACAAGAAUAUUCAGGAGUGUCGAGCACCUCAUGACACAUGCAUGACCAUCAUAGACACUUCGGGUGCCUCGAAAGCUAUAGCGAAGCAUUGUGCCAGCCAGGCCACAUGCAGAGGAGCUGCUUCCACCGCCUCAGUCGACUCAAACGGAAACGGAAACACCAUCAGGUGCUGUAGCAACACUGACUUCUGUAACUUGAGUGGAGCCGACUCCAUUAACAGAAACACCGAGCUGCUGCUCCUGACUGUCGGUGUUGCACUACUGCUGUCACGCUGA